GACGGCGGCCUGCGGGUGGGGGCUAGGUGACGAUGCCACUCUUGGACGGGGCCUUUCUGCCGCCCGCGGUCUUCAUCUUGAGUCAUGUUCUGGGCAUCGCCGGCAUCUUGUACUGGAAGAGGAGGACGAGAACAGAUGAACGGGAUCGAGUCCAGAAGAAAACCUUCACUAAGUGGGUCAAUAAGCACCUGAUGAAGGUGCGCAAGCACAUCAACGACCUGUAUGAGGACCUGCGAGAUGGCCACAACCUGAUCUCUCUGCUGGAGGUCCUGUCGGGUGUGAAACUGCCACGUGAGAAGGGCCGGAUGCGUUUCCACCGGCUGCAGAAUGUGCAGAUUGCCCUGGACUUCCUGAAACAGCGACAGGUGAAGCUGGUGAACAUUCGCAACGAUGACAUUACAGAUGGCAAUCCCAAGCUCACCCUGGGGCUCAUAUGGACGAUUAUCCUCCACUUCCAGAUCUCCGACAUCUACAUCAGUGGAGAGUCAGGGGAUAUGUCUGCGAAAGAGAAGCUGCUUCUCUGGACACAGAAGGUGACAGCGGGCUACAUCGGAGUAAAAUGCACCAACUUCUCUUCGUGCUGGAGCGAUGGGAAGAUGUUCAAUGCUCUCAUCCACAGAUACAGGCCGGAUCUGGUGGACAUGGAGAGGGUGCAGAUCCAGAGUAGCAGGGAGAACCUGGAACAGGCCUUUGAGAUUGCAGAGAGGCUGGGAGUCACCCGGCUGCUGGAUGCUGAAGAUGUGGAUGUCCCGUCGCCCGAUGAGAAGUCUGUGAUCACUUAUGUGUCUUCAAUCUAUGAUGCCUUUCCCAAGGUCCCCGAAGGCGGAGAAGGGAUCAGCGCUGUUGAAGUGGAUUCCAGGUGGCUGGAGUACCAGAACCGUGUGGAUUCCCUCCUCUCGUGGAUCAAGCAGCACACGAUAUUGAUGUCCGACAAGUCCUUCCCCCAGAACCCUGUAGAAUUAAAGGCACUUUAUAACCAGUAUAUACACUUCAAAGAAACGGAGAUCCCGGCAAAAGAACAAGAGAAAGGGCAGAUAGAGGAGCUGUAUAAGCUACUUGAGGUAUGGAUUGAAUUUGGCCGCAUCAAGUUGCCCCAGGGCUACCACCCCAAUGACGUGGAGGAAGAGUGGGGCAAGCUGAUCAUAGAGAUGCUGGAGCGUGAGAAGUCUCUGCGGCCGGCAGUGGAGAGGCUGGAAUUGCUGCUACAAAUCGCUAACAAGAUUCAGAACGGUGCUCUGAGCUGUGAAGAAAAGCUCACUCUGGCAAAGAACACGCUGCAAGCUGAUGCCGCUCACCUGGAGUCCGGUCAGCCAGUGCAGUAUGAGUCCGAUGUUGUCAUGUACCUGCAGGAGUGUGAAGGGCUUAUCCAUCAUCUGCAGGUGGACUUACAGAUCCUGCGAGAUGAGAGUUACUACCAGCUGGAAGAACUGGUCUUCAGGAUCAUACGUUUGCAAGACGAGCUGGUCACCCUGCGGCUGGAAUGUACUAACCUAUACAGGAAGGGCCAUUUCUCGUCACUGGAUCUAGUGCAGUCCUCCACCCUGAGCACAACGCACUUGAAGGCAGAGUCCUUGACGAAGGGAAUGCACACGUCUUCUGCCUCCUGGUUCCGGAAGCCCAUGACCCGCACAGAGCUGGUAGCCAUCUCCUCUUCUGAGGAUGAAGGCAACCUCCGAUUUGUAUAUGAGCUGCUGUCUUGGGUGGAAGAGAUGCAGAUGAGGCUGGAGCGAGAGGAGUGGGGGAGUGACCUGCCCAGCGUGGAAUCUCAGCUGGACACCCAGCGGCACGUCCACACCAGCGUGGAGGACCUGGGCUCCAGCGUGAAGGAGGCUCGGCUGUAUGAGGGUAAAAUGUCCCAGAAUUUCCGCACCAGCUACACGGAAACACUCGGCAAGCUGGAGACGCAGUACUGCAAGCUGAUGGAAACGUCAAGCUUCCGACUGCGGCAUCUCCAGAGUCUGUACGGGUUUGUGUCUCGAGCCACAGCUGAGCUCAUCUGGCUGAAUGAAAAGGAGGAAGAUGAGCUGGCCUACGACUGGAGUGACAAUAACUCCAACAUUGCAGCCAAAAGAAAUUACUUCUCGGAGCUGACGAUGGAACUGGAAGAGAAGCAGGAUGUGUUUCGGUCUCUGCAAGACACAGCUGAGCUGCUGUCCCUAGAGAAUCACCCGGCCAAACAAACUGUUGAGGCAUACAGUGCGGCUGUCCAGUCCCAAUGGCAGUGGAUCAAACAGCUCUGCUUGUGUGUGGAACAGCACGUGAAGGAGAACGCUGCUUACUUUCAGUUCUUCAGUGAUGCCCGGGAGUCGGAGACGUACUUAAGGAACCUCCAGGACUCCAUCAAACGGAAGUAUUCUUGUGACCGUAACACCAGCCUGACCCGACUGGAGGACCUGCUCCAGGAUUCCAUGGAUGAAAAGGAGCAGCUCAUUCAGUCGAAGAGCUCCGUUGCCAGCUUGGUGGGGCGGUCCAAAACCAUUGUUCAGCUGAAGCCGAGAAACCCGGACCACGUUCUGAGGAGCACCAUCCCCAUCAAGGCUAUCUGUGACUAUCGCCAGAUUGAGAUCACGAUCUGCAAGAAUGACGAGUGCGUGCUGGAAGAUAACUCCCAGAGGACCAAAUGGAAGGUGAUCAGCCCCACUGGAAAUGAAGCCAUGGUGCCAUCCGUGUGCUUCCUCAUCCCUCCUCCGAACAAAGAGGCCAUCGACAUUGCCAACAGGGUGGAGCAGCUGUACCAGAAAGUGAUGGCCCUCUGGCACCAGCUCCACGUGAACACAAAGAGCCUGAUCUCCUGGAACUACUUGCGGAAGGACUUGACCUUGGUGCAAGGCUGGAACACGGAGAAGCUCAGGUCCUUGGCUCAAGGAGAGUGCCAGCAAGCCAUGAAGAGCCUCCAGACUCACUAUGAAGACUUCCUGCAGGACAGUUGUGACUCUGAGCUCUUCUCGGUGGCUGAUCGGUUGCACCUGGAAGAGGAAGUGGACUCCUGUAAGGAACAUUUCCAACAGCUUCUGGAGUCCAUGGAGAACGAGGACAAAGAUGAGACGGUUGCCAGGAUGUAUCUCUCGGAGCUCAAGAACAUUCGCCUGCACCUGGAAGAGUGUGAGCAGAGACUAGUGAACCGAAUCCAGACCCCGGCCAGCACCAGAGCAGAUGGUGACGCUAUUCAGGAGAACACCUUCCGCGUUGCAGAGCAAGAGCGCAUGCAGGAGGAUUUGCAGCGGCUGAAAUGUGACUUGCAGCAAGUCUCUGAGCGGUGCAAGAGUUUCCUGGACAAGUCUCCAACGGGGUCCAGCAUACCGCACCUGCGUUCUGAACUCAGCCUGCUGGUAGAUAAGAUGGAUCACAUGUGUGGGCUUUCUUUCAUCUACCUGGACAAGCUAAAGAUGGUUGAUUUGAUUGUUCGGGAUACCCAGGGAGCAGAGUCACUGGUCAAGGGGUAUGAGGUUAAACUGAGCCAGGAGGAGGCAGUCCCAGCAGAUCUAGCUGCCAUUCAGUCUCACAGAGCUACGUUAAAGCAAUGGCUCAGUGAAGUGAAGGACAAGAGCUCUGUGUUCUCCACGUUGGAAGAGGACAUCGCCAAGGCGAAGACUGUGGGAGAAGAGCUAUACCGGAUGAAGCAAGAGCGCAGCCUUGACCUAGAGCGCUACCAGGAGAAGGGGAGCCAGCUGUGGGAUCGCUGGCAGAGAGCUUGCUCUCAGAUCGAGACCCGCCAUACAGAGCUGGAGAGCAUCCAGGAGGUGCUGAGUGAUUACCGCGAGUGUCACGGGGCGCUCGUCCAGUGGAUCGAGGAGACCACUGCCCAGCAGGAGUUGAUGAAACCGGGGCAGGCGGAAGAUAGCAGAGUGCUGUCCGAGCAGCUGAGCCAGCAGACGGCUUUGGUUGCAGAAAUCGAGAGAAAUCAAGCCAAACUGGACCAGUGUCAGAAAUUCUCACAGCAGUACUCGGCUGCUGUCAAGGACUACGAGCUGCAGCUCAUGACAUACAGGGCAUUUGUUGAAUCGCAGCAGAAGUCUCCUGUGAAACGCAGACGCAUGCUGUCGUCUUCAGAUGCCAUCACGCAAGAGUUCAUGGAUUUACGGACUCGCUAUACGGCUCUGGUGACACUAACAACCCAGCACGUGAAGUACAUCAGUGAUGCUCUCCGGCGGCUGGAGGAGGAGGAAAAAGUAGUCGAGGAAGAAAAACAGGAGCACGUGGACAAGGUGAAAGAACUCCUGGCCUGGGUUUCUGGUUUGAAGCAGAGCACGCAAGUCAAGGCCGUCUCACCCAAGGGCAAAGAGCUGGGAGACAUUGAGAAAUCCAUCUCUGAGCAGCAGGCACUUAAUGAAGAACUAGCUACAAAAAAGGAGCAAGUCUCUGAGGCCAUCAAAACUGCCCAGAUUUUCCUAGCCAAACAUGGCCACAAGCUUUCUGACUAUGAGAAGGAGCAGAUUUCUACCCAACUCAGUGCUCUAAAGGAGACCUACCAGCAGCUCUGCAAUGACUCCACAGAACAGCUCCAACAACUUCAGAGCCAGCUGGCUCAGGAGACUGAGAACAAGGGGACUGAAACAGUCGCAGGAGUGAUAGACCUUGGCACAGUGGAGAUAUUCCCUGUCUUUGGUGCAAUGCAGAAAGGUCUCAUAGACCAGGACACGGGUCUUGUACUGCUGGAAGCUCAGCUUAUCAUGUCUGGCUUGGUUGUUCCUGAGACCAGCGAGAAACUCUCUUUGGCAGAAAGCCUGGCAAGAAACAUUGUUGAUGACAGGAUGCUCCAACGGUUGCAGGAGCUGCAGGAGGCCCUUCAUUUGAUAGAUCAAAUGAGCUUUGAAAGAAAACAGCUUCUGCCUGUUGUUGCUGCGAUAGAGGAGCGGAAAAUUAGUGAGAGCAUUGGCCUGAAGAUAUUAGAAGUUCACCUUGUCACGGGCGGUUUUAUAGACCCUUCAAGUCAGGACAGAAUUAGCAUGGAGAAGGCUCUUCAGAAAGGCCUCAUUACCACUCAGACUCACUCAAAACUGGUAUCUCGUCUAAGAUCAGCCAGGGACGUGAUCGACCCCAACACUGCCGAGAAAAUCAGCCUGACAGAGCUAAUGCAGAGAUGCAUCGUUCACCAGGAGACUGGCCUCCGGUUGCUCCCUGUCAAGCAGCUGGCAGGUGGGAUGGUGAGCCUGAAAUCAGGCAGGAAAGUUAGCAUCUUCCGUGCCGUCCAGGAAGGCUUAAUUGAUAGGGAGGUAACUGUGAGGUUAUUGGAAGCCCAGCUGUUUGCUGGUGGCAUUGCAGAUCCCAAGACAGGGCACAGGCUGACAGUGGAUGAGGCGGUCAGACAUUAUUUGAUUGAUCAGGAUAUGGCAUGUGCGCUCUUAAUCCGACAAGUGCAGACAGGUGGCAUCAUAGACACCAUCACAGGAGAGAGAUUGACCAUCGAUGAGGCAGUCAAGAAGGAUUUAGUAGCCUCCAGGAUUGCCCUGGUGAUCCUGGAAUCCCUUUGGUCCUUUAUGGGGCUGCUGUGGCCUGAGUCGGGUGAGAUCCUGCCUGUUGCAGAUGCCCUGGAACAAGGCCUCCUGUCUACAGACUUGGCAUGUAAAGUUCUCAACAAGAGACGGUUCAUCCAGGCUCUUUUCGUUCCGGAAACCACCGAGAUCUUGUCCUGGAAGAAGGCAGUGGAGCAGGGCGUCUUGGAGGGAGAGGUUGCGAAAAGGUUAAAAUCAAUUGCUAUACCGGAUGUGAUGCCCAGCAUGCAGCUGGCAGGCUCUCCAGCUAGAAGCAAACUCAGCCUGAGCUCUGCAGGAAGAAGCCCUCCAGGUCAGGAAGAGCAAAGUGACUCCCUGCCAAGGAGCGAAGAUGAAAGGCUGAUGGUCCAUUUGAUGACCCACAGCUAUAUCAACAUCCACAAUGGCCACAAACUGCUCUUAGUAGAUGAGAAAUUAAAUGAUUUAACUAAAGCCUUUUUACAGGCACAAGAAAAUGGAUCAAAUGCUGACUUGGUGGAAGGGAGAGAAGAGAGUUAUGAACUCAAAGUUCUUGAGGAGGUAAAAGUCACGGGGAGUGCGUUUCCUGAAAGGGAGCCCGGUAACGAUUUGGCUUUAAAACAACUUGAAAUUCAAGUUGCCCCUUCAACAGAAGAGUGUAAAGAGCCCUCGCCACCAAAACCUUUUCCCGAGAGCAGGAAGGCGCAGAGAGCAACUGGAGGUGCUCCGCUGGAAGAUGAAGUAAAAGCAUUGAUUAUGAAGGAUCAGGGGAAGACUGUAAAGCCUGUUUCCAUUAAGAGCCAAAUUGAUAGUGAACUGGGAAAGGAACAAAGACUGGCAACAACCAAGCCUGAAAGCCUGUUCGAAUCGUCAAGGCAAGAAUCUGUUCGUGACCCCGGUGGGAUUAGCUCGGAGACGAAGCCUGGAGAACCAGAGGAAAUGCUGGUGGAAGCAGAAAAAGCUCCUGGGGUUCCUGUACUUCCAGUAGAUGAAGCGAGGAGUUUGAAACAUGGAGACAGAGCACCUGAACCUGCAAUGGGUGGUGUGAAAGAAGAAACCUGUAUUUCUGUGGCCCUACCGGAAAACCUAGAGAAACCAGAAAUCGUAGAAGAGGGAAUUCCAGGAAGGCGGGAAGCGGAAGUGGAGUCGGAAGAAACUGAGGAAGUCCGUUUGUUCCAGAAGGAAGAAAUUGGGAGCAGAUCAGUGGAAGGAGAGGAGAUGAAGCCUCCUAAAACUGGGCAGGAGGAAAUGGAAGAAAGGCAAUCAGAAAAAGCCCAGAGUGCAAAAGCGUUGGAAGUAGAAAAACAGGCGAUGAAAGAAGUAUCAGUUGGUUACGGUAUUGAUGAACCGUCCUUGCUAAUCCAGCAUCCUGGGGAACGGGAAGGAGACAACACUCUGAAAAUGCUCGUGGCGCAACUCCGAGGCGGUGGCAUACUUCACGAGCAGACAGGCAAGACUCUUCUCCUGAACGAAGCAGUAGCCUGCGGUGUGGUGCCCAGCCACACAGCUGUUAAAGUGAUGGAGGAAAUGAAAAUGUUCAAUGGCUUCUUUGACUCCCAAACCUGUGAAUCGUUGACCACCGAUGAAGUCAUUAAUGAAGGUCUGAUGGAUGAGAAGCUCCUGCAGAAGGUGCUGGCCUGUGAUAAAGCCAUCAGUGGUGUUCUUGACCCAUGUAACAAUGCCAUCUACUCAGUCAAGGAUGCCGCGGAGAUUGGCCUUUUGGACAAGGAAACAGCAGCGAGGAUUUUGGAAGGACAAGUGGUGACUGGAGGAAUUGUUGAUUUGAAACGUGACAAAAAAAUAUCGGUCACUUUGGCUUCAAACCUUGGCUUGAUAGAGCCCUCUGGUCAAGAAGAUCUUAUAAAGUUGGAGAAAGCGUCUAAAGGAAAAGGCACUGAUGAGACAGCAAGACAAAAGCUGGUUGGCUUACAAGCUGAAACGAGUGGAAUUACGGAUCCUAAAACCAAACAGCCUUUGACCAUUGUCCAGUCGGUCGAGAGAGGUUUGCUCGACAAGGAGAAAGCCCGUCAGCUCUUGACCAAACAGAUAGCUGAUGGUGGAAUUAUUCAUCACGCGUCUGGAAUGAGACUGUCUGUCAGUAAUGCAAUGCAACAUGGAUUAAUUGAUCGAGACUUGUGUACAGAGCUCUUGAAGGCUGAAAGUGUGUGUCUGCAUUGCUACGUUCACCCAGAAACCAAGGAACGUGUAUCUUUACGUCAGGCAGUGUCAUCAGGGCUGGCUAACCCAGAGCUUCAAAGUAAAGUACAAGAAAUACAGGCUUUGAGUGGAAGUGUUUUUGAUCCUGUCUCUGGUGGGAGGUUGACUUUGUCCCAGGCUGUCAAGGAAGGGUUGCUGCCUGAGCCAGUGGUGGAAAAAGCCAUGGCGUCAUCUGAAAUGAGACACGGGAUUGUAGAUCCCGAGACGUGCAUGCUCGUCCCCUACUCCGAACUGAUAAAGAAAUGCAAAAUUGACAUCGAAUCUGGACAGAGGUAUCUGGAAAUUCAUCCCUUCCGAGCAAUGAAGGACGAGGUGACUGGGCGCAUGCUCACAUGUGCCCAGGCAGUAAAGCUGGGGAAAGCGGACCUCCUGCCCACUUUGAGAGUCCUGCAGGCUCAAGCGGACACUGGUGGGAUCGUGAAAGUCGAUAAUGGUGACAGACUCUCUCUGAAGUCUGCAUUGGAACGAGGCCUGGUGGAUGUGGAAAUGGCGAGAAUCAUUGCAUCCCGCCAAGUGAAGACGGGAGGAAUUGUCGACCCCGACAGCGGAGAGAGGUUAACUCUAAAGGAGGCUGUUGAGAGAGGGUUGAUCAGCCAAGAGCUAACUGCUGCUAUUGAAGAGGCUGUUGGCCUGCCCAGUGACAAGUCUGCUCCUGGAGGGCUGGGCGAAGGCCGUCCCCAGAAGGUAGCGGAGAACAUAGCUGCCAGAGAGGAAAGGCUGGCUCCCUAUGGUCAUGAGAAGUCUGUUGAACACACAGCUGGGUCUGAAGUAAUGGACUACAAGUCAGUUGGAGACAAGACUGAUGUUGCUUCUGAAAAAUCACGAAAGACGUCACAUGCAGCAGUAGAGGAACUGCUGAAACCACUUCUCCUUGAAACUUCAGAGCGCCCUGUGAUCGAUCCACCCCAAGGCAAGGCUGCCACGGUCCCUGAGCCUCCCUCCAUGUUAGACGUAGCACGCCCAACUCCACAAGUGGCUGCGGCAAAGAUGCAGAAAAAAGGGGUUAGAAAAAGCAAAGCACGGGCUAAAAAACCUCUGAACGAGGACUUGGUGGGGAGCAUAGUAGCAGCUCAGGAGCCAGAAGAAAGAGAGGGGCUGGGGGUAGCGGGAGAGCAGUGGUUUGCUGACAAAACGGGGCCUCAAAGCAGCAGGGACAAAGACAAGAUGGAGAAAGCUGGGGUACAGGAAGAGCAGGUGGCGGCAGCGGUUGUUUCCGAAGGAAGCCAGAGGACAGUGAGGGUAGAAGAAGCAAUGGACAGAUCAGGAGCGGUAGAGACAGGGCCAAAGGAGUCCAUCUGGUUGGAUCAAGGCAGGGAAGAAAAGGCUCGCACAAAAUCCAACGAACCCUUGAAGACUGCAGUUCACGAGAAACGCACGGAAAACAGACUGGGGGACAAGGUCGCAGGGAAGCAUCCUGAAACUCGGCCCCAGACCCCGGUUGCAGAAAGUCUUGGUGGUCCCAAAAAGUUGAGUGGAGCUGAUCUAAAACUAACGGAAAAAAAGAAAACCAAGAAAAAGAAGGCAGGGCAGGGCGGUGUCCCAGAAGAAGCCACGCUGCUGGAGAAAUCGUCCGAGGAGAAAAGGGCCUUUCCUACCCCGGAGGCCAAAGAAACGUUGCUGAGAACGAUUGAGGAGGAGCUGAUCUCAAGUGCUCAGGAACCAAAGCGCAAAACUCCCACCGAGGAAUUAGCUGGCGGGUUGCUUGGGGAUGUGGCUGAACAAAAGCAAACUGAGAUCAGUGAGGAGCAGAUGGCUGAAAAAGAAGGUAAGCUGAUUGCCUUGGGAGCUAAAGACCACAUUGUGGAGGAUGAGCAAAUGACCAUUACCCCAGAAAGCGUCACGCCCCAGCAGACAAGCAGAGAGAUCAGAAAUGGUCUGGGUUUCUUUGCGGCAGUUCAGCCACAGGAAAGGAUGUCCCGAGAAAUGAUCGGACAGGAAGUCAAAGAUGAGUUCUCUCCGACGACCUUUUUAGCAGAGAAAAGGCCAGUUGCCUUGCGGACCAGAGGGGAUCAUGAGUCCUCUGUGGCCCUUGGACUAGAGGAGCAGGCAUUGCACGAAAUGACUCUAGAGUUCACCGGCGGUGAAGAAGCCUCCUCCGCAGCCCUUCAACCAGAAAGCGAAGAGCUCCAUGAGAUAACCGGAGAGGACAGCCACGCAGCUCAGCAGUUGUGCGUGACUACGACAGAUGGGGAGAGACUGCAAGAAACUUCAAAGGAAUCCACAAAACCAGCCAAGACUGUGGUCAGCAAAAAGCAGUGUCUGGAGCACGAUGAGAAGCUGGUCUCUUAUCUCUCUAUGCUCCGAGAUAUCGAGAUGAGAAUUAAGCAUGUUCAGCCCACUGGACAGACUUUGGCAGCAUUGCAAGACCUGCUGCGUCAGGCCGAGGUCCUGGACACAGAACUGAAGGAGCUGUGCUCUCCAGUGAAUCGGGAGUUGGACUCAGUGAAGUGGAUCAUGGCCAAUCCACCCCAAGAGGUCCCUGAACAAUUACUGAAAGCUUUGGAGAAAGACGCCAAGAACCUUCAGAAGUCUUUGAGCUCGGCGAGUGAUGUCCUGGACUCCCGGUUGCUAAAUCUCCGCAGCACAGCGCAAGCUGAAAAGGCUAAGAUCCUAACGCAGUGUGAAAAGCUCCAGGGCAAACUGCAAGAGCUGCUGAGCUGGGUCUGCGAUACCACGCGAGUGCUGGACAGCAGCGAUUAUCACAACGCAAGGGAUGCUAACGGCUUGAACCGCAGCCUUCAACAUUACACGGAGUUAAAACAGCCCCUUGCUGACAAUAAAUCUCAGCUGGAUGCCAUCGCGUUCGACAUCCAGUUCUUUAUCUCCGAGCAUGCUCAGGACUUGACACCGCAGCAAAGCCGGCAGCUGCUGAGACUGCUCAAUGAGCUGCAGAAGGCUUUCCGGGAGCUGUCGGAGCGUGUGGCAGCUCAGGUGGAGGUCCUGCAGGUCUGUCUCCGUCAAGUGGAGCAGACAGAUCAGACACUCCAGGAACAGCAAGCCAUGCGCAGCAGGAAGCUGGAGGAGGUCUGCACCUGGCUAGGGCAGGCUGAGACCACGCUAGCAGAUGAGCAGAGAGCAGCCAGCAAAGGGGACCUGCCCACACUGAAACAGAGACAAAGUGACAUUAAGGCCCUGCAGAGGGACAUGCAGACUCGGGCUGCCUCUUUUGCCAGCGUCCUGAAAGCAACAGAAGAAUUUUUAGAGGAGAAUAGGACUAAGAUGAACCCCAAGGAGCUGGCAGCCUUGCAAGAGAGGCUCCAUCAUGCAAAGAAGCAAUACCAGUCUCUGCAGGAGAGGACCGAGGUGGCCCAGAAGGAGCUGGAGAGUGCUGUGACAGCAGCUGUGCAGCAGGAGACCGAGAAGGUGAAAGCUGCCAAGGAACUGGAGGAGAGCAGGAGCAAGAUUGAGUCACUUCUAAAUUGGGUAGGAUCGUUAGAACAGGCUGGAGGGCUCUCCGAGCAGAAACGCCCCUCUCUGGGACAAAUGCCAGGAAAACAAGUGGGGAAAAGCUCCUGGGAUCUUCCUGAUGGUCACCUGGUGGAUAUGAACAGAGCUGCAGAGACCCUCGAGCAGCAGUACGACAGGCUGAAGACACGCCACCAGGAGCUGCUGUCCCAGCAGCAGGAUGUCAUCCUAGCAACCCAGUCAGCGCAGGCCUUCCUGGACAAACAGGGCCACAACUUAAAGCCAGAGGAGAGAGACCGGCUCCAGGGCAGGCUGGAGGAGUUGAAGGAGCAGUAUGCUGCUUCCCUGUCGCAGUCGGAGCUGCAGCUGAAGCAAGUGCAGGUGCUGCGGGAUGAGCUGCAGAAAUUCCUGCGGGACCAUGGGGAGUUUGAGGCCUGGCUGGUGCAGGCUGAGCAGGAGCUGGAGAGGAUGCAUCAUGGGGACAGCGACCCCCAGGCGCUCAGGCCGAUGCUGCUUCGCCAGGGGAGCUUCUCGGAGGAUGUCAUCUCGCACAAAGGGGAUCUGCGGUUUGUCACCAUGUCUGGGCAGAAGGUGCUGGAUGCUGGGAGGGCAGCUGCUGCCGAGGGAGGGCCCGAGCCCUUAGGAACAGGGAGCUUGGUCAAAAGCAAGCUGGAUGAUGCCACGCAGAGAUACACGACUCUCCACACCAAGUGCACCAAGCUCGGCUCACAUCUGAACACCUUGCUGGACCACUACCAGCAGUUCCAGGAGGUGGCAGAUGCUCUCCAGACCUGGUUGCAGGACAGUGACGUGGCGGUGGCGAAACUCCUCUCGGAGCCGGUCUCCUCAGACCCAGCGGUUCUGCAGAAGCAGCUUGCCAGUGCUAGACUCCUGCAGGGAGAUCUAGCCGAACAUCAAGUGCCAGUGGAGAAGCUGCAGAAAGCAUCCCGUUCCUUGCUGGAAAUACAAGGCGAGCCGGCUCCUGACCACAAGCGAGUUCAGGAAACCACAGAGUCCAUUGUGAGCCACUUCCAGCGCCUUUCCCAGCAGAUGGCAGAGCGUGCAGACCUGCUGCAGAAGGCCAUCGCCCAGUCCCAGAGUGUCCAGGAGGGGCUGGACAAUAUGCUGCAGUCCAUGGCUGAGAUCGAGAGGAGCAUGGGAGUGGAGCAGCCAGCUUCUCUCUCGUCUCUCUCCAUCCAGGAGUCACUUGCCACAAAUGCGAAGUUGAAGCAAGACAUUGCUAGGCAGAAGAGCAGCCUCAAAGCCACUCGAGAAAUGGUGACUCGGUUCAUGGAGACAGCAGACAGUGCCACAGCCUCUGCCCUGCAGGACAAGUUGGCAGAGGUGACAGAGCAUUUCAACAGGCUGUGCCGGCAGCAGCAGGAGAAGGAGAACAUGCUGAAGGACCUUCUCCCCAAGGUGGAGCAGUACGAGCAGCUCUCUGAGAAGCUGCAGCAGUUCACGGAGAGCAGAGCCCGGCUGCUGGCUUCUGGGAACCAGCCAGACCACGACAUUGCUCACUUCUCCCAGCACAUCCAGGAGCUGAAUGUAGAGAUGAGGCAGCACCGAGAGGACCUGGAUACCUUGGAGCACCUGGCUGCAGAGCUGAACUCUCAGGGCUUCCCAGCCAGCUCCUCCCAGAUGCAGGAGAUGGUGCAGAGCCUGAAGAGGGAUUUCACGCAGCUCCAGAAGGUAGCAAAGGAAAGAGAAAAGGAUGCGUCAUCCUGCCAGGAGCAAUUGGAUGAAUUCCGAAAGUUGGUUGGUGUGGUGAGGAAGUGGCUGAAAGACAGUGAAGGGAACGUGCCAUCGGCAGAGACCUCCCUGGGCACCCAGGAGCUGGACAAGCGCAUGCAGCAGAUCCAGGCUCUUCUGGAAGAAUGGGCAGGGAAGAGCGCCCAGGUGGAGGAAAUCAAUCGCAAAGGAACAGCCUUGGAGAACCUGAUCGUCGAGAUUACAGCCCCCGAUGCCCAGGCAAAGACAGGUUCUGGGCUGCCGGCUGUAGGAGGGUCUGUAGGCAGUGUGAACGGAUACCACACUUGCAAAGAUUUAACUGAGAUUCAGUGCGACAUGUCAGAUGUGAACCAGCAGUAUGAGGGCCUUGGGAUGGCGUUGCGGGGACGGCAAGAGCAGCUGUCGGCCAUGCGGGAGAAGAUGCGGGAAGUCCAAGAGGAAGCAAGCUCCAUGCUGAAGUGGCUGGAGUCAAAGGAACGGACCCUGUCUGAGCUGGAAGCGUCCACCUCGCCUACCAAAACAGAGACCGUGCGGGCACAGGCUGAGCACAACAAGGCAUUCCUGGCUGAGCUGGAACAGAAUUCAGGGAAAAUCCAGAAGGUGAAGGAGGCACUUUCUGAUUUGCUGGAGAAGUACCCUGAUUCUCCAGAAGCAGGAAGCUGGAAGAAGAUGCAGGAGGAUCUUAGUUGCAGGUGGGAAAAAGCCAAUCAAGUAACAGCCGAGCGCCAGCAGAAGCUGGAGGAAUCGGCAAAUCAGCUAGCGAGCUUCCAGGCAGCCGAAGCCCAGCUGCGCCCGUGGCUGAUGGAGAAGGAGCUAAUGAUGAGUGUGCUGGGACCCCUGUCCAUUGAUCCCAACAUGCUGAAUGCACAAAAGCAGCAGGUCCAGUUUAUGCUGAAGGAAUUUGAAGCUCGCAGACAGCAGCAUGAGCAGCUGAAUCAGGCAGCCCAGGGAAUACUAACGGGCCCUGGAGACCUUUCUCCAUCUGCAAGCCAGGUGCGGGAGGAGCUCCAAGGGGUCAAUCGGAAAUGGUCUGAGCUAACUGAGCAACUCAACUCCCGUUCCAGCCAAAUUGACCAAGCCAUAGUCAAGAGCACCCAGUACCAAGAGCUGUUGCAGGGCUUGUCGGAAAAGGUAAAGGCAGUUGGGCAGCGACUGAGUAGCCAGUCCGCCAUCAGCACCCAGCCAGAUGCAGUGAAGCAGCAACUGGAGGAGACGAGUGAGAUCCGGUCCGACCUGGAGCAGUUGGAAGAGGAGAUUGCAGAAGCGCAGACCCUCUGUGAUGAGCUGUCAGUCCUGAUCGGGGAGCAGUACCUCAAGGACGAGCUGAGGAAGCGUCUGGAGACGGUGGCCCUUCCUCUCAAAGGGCUCGAAGACCUGGCAGCCGACCGGAUGAAUCGACUGCAGACUGCGCUCGCGAGCUCCCAGCAGUUCCAGCACAUGUUUGACGAGCUCAGGACCUGGCUGGAUGACAAAUUGUGCCAGCAAGCACAGAGCCGGCCGAUUUCUGCUAAACUAGAGAAGCUUCAGGGUCAAAUCCAGGAGCAGGAAGAGCUCCAGAAGAGCCUCAAUCAGCACAGUGGCUCCUACGAGAUGAUUGUGGCUGAGGGGGAGUCUUUGCUUCUCUCUGUCCAGCCUGGGGAAGAAAAGACUUCCUUGCAAAACCAACUGGUUGGCCUCAAAACGCACUGGGAUGAGCUCAGCAAACAGGUUGCCGAUAGACACUCCAGCCUCAAAGACUGUUUGCAAAAGGCUCAGAAGUACCAGCGGCACACAGAAGACCUCCUCCCCUGGGUGGAGGACUGCAAAGCCAAGAUGGCAGAGCUGGAAGUAACGCUGGACCCCGUGCAGCUGGAGGCAACCCUGCUGAGAUCCAAGGCACUGCUCGGCGAUGUGGAGAAACGGCGCUCGCUGCUGGAGAUGCUUAACAGUGCUGCUGAUAUCUUGAUAGAUGCCUCUCAGACCGAUGAGGAUGACAUCCGGGAUGAGAAAGCAGGGAUCAACCAGAAGAUGGAUGUCAUCACGGAAGAGCUGCAAGCCAAGACCGGGUCCAUUGAGGAAAUGUCACAGAGGCUGAAGGAGUUCCAAGAAAGUUUCAAGAACAUUGAGAAGAAGUUGGAAGGGGCCAAGCACCAGAUGGAGAUCUACGAUGCUCUGGGCCCACAAGCUUGCAGCAACAAGAAUUUGGAGAAGCUCAGGGCGCAGCAGGAAGUGCUCCAGGCCCUGGAGCCACAAGUGGACUAUCUGCGGAACUUCACUCAGGGCCUGGUGGAAGAUGCACCAGAUGGAUCCGACUGCUCCCAGCUCUUACUCCAAGCCGAAGCGGCCCAGCAGGACUUCAAAACCGUGAAGCAGAAAGUCAGUGAAUGCUGUACGCUCAUGGAGAACAAGCUUGAGGGAAUAGGCCAGUUUAACAACCACGUCCGGGAGAUGUUCUCUCAGCUGGCAGAUCUCGACGAUGAGCUCGACGGCAUGGGUGCCAUCGGGAGAGAUAUUGAUAGCCUCCAGUCUCAAGCCGAGGAUGUUCGCGCUUUCCUGGGCAAACUCCAGGGGCUGAAGUCGGACAUCGAAGCCUCUGAAGGGGAAUGCAAGAAAAUGCUAGAGGAAGAAGGGAGCCCCGAUUUAUUGGGACUGAAACGAGAACUGGAGACUCUGAACAAACAGUGCAGCAAGCUGACAGAAAGAGGCAAGAAUCGACGAGAGCAGGUUGAGACGACGCUGGCUCGCGUCGAGGACUUUUAUAACCGGUUGAGAGAGCUGAAUCACAUGACGGCGGCAGCGGAGGAGAACGAGGCACUGCAGUGGGUCGUGGGAACAGAGGUGGAAACCAUCAACCAGCAGUUGGGUGACUUCAAGCUGUUUCAGAAGGAGCAAGUGGACCCCCUUCAGCUAAAAUUGCAGCAAGUGAAUGGAGUUGGUCAGGGCCUCAUCCAGAGUGCAGGGAAAAACUGUGAUGUGCAAGGGUUGGAACAUGACAUGGAGGAGAUCAACACCCGCUGGAACACUCUCAACAAAAAGGUGGCACAGAGAAUUGCACAGCUGCAAGAGGCCCUGCUGCAUUGUGGGAAAUUCCAAGAUGCCUUGGAGCCAUUGCUGAGCUGGCUGGCAGACACCGAGGACCUCAUCUCCAAUCAGAAACCUCCAUCUGCAGAGUACAAAGUGGUGAAAGCCCAGAUCCAGGAGCAAAAGCUGCUCCAGCGGCUGCUCGAUGAUCGCAAGGCCACUGUGGAGAUGAUUCAGGCAGAGGGUGGGAGGAUAGCACAGUCAGCCGAGCCUGCAGACAGGGAGAAGAUUGUUUGCCAGCUGGAGAGUCUUGCAAAUCGAUGGGCAGGAUUGCUCAGCAAGGCAGCAGCCAGGCAAAAACAACUGGAAGAUAUCUUGGUUCUGGCUAAGCAAUUCCAUGAAACCACGGAGCCAAUUUCAGACUGGCUGUCUGUGACCGAGAAGAAACUGGCCAACUCUGAGCCCACUGGAACUCAGACGGCCAAAAUCCAGCAGCAGAUCACUCGGCACAAGGCGCUAGAGGAAGAAAUAGAGAGUCGUGCCCCUGAGGUGAAGCAGGCAGUCAGCGUUGGGCAGUCCCUCUCGUCCCUGAGUUGCCUAGCUGAACGCAGCAUGCUGGCGGAGAAGCUAGACACGCUUUGGGCCCGGUACAGUGAGAUUGAGGAUCGGUGCUGCCGGAAGGCAGCCUUGCUCAAUCAGGCCCUGUGUAACGCUAGGCUCUUUGGGGAGGAUGAGGUGGAAGUGCUCAACUGGCUUGCCGAGGUAGAGGACAAGCUCAGCUUGGUCUUCGUAAAGGAUUACAAACAGGAGGUCCUGCAGAAGCAGCAUGCUGACCAGCUGGCUCUGAACGAAGAGAUUAUGAACAGAAAGAAGAAUGUGGACCAAGCCAUUAAAAACGGGCAAGCGCUUCUGAAACAAACAACAGGGGAAGAGGUGCUGCUAAUACAGGAGAAGCUGGAUGGCAUCAAGACUCGUUACUCAGAUAUCACAGCCACUAGCUCUAAGGCGCUUCGGACGUUGGAGCAGGCACGGCAACUGGCAACCAAAUUCCAGUCUACACACGAAGAGCUGACAAGCUGGAUGAGCGAGGUGGAGGAGGAGCUGUUGUCCAGUGGAGGACAGUCGCCUGCUGGAGAGCAGAUCCCCCAGUUCCAGCAGAGGCAAAAGGAGCUCAAGAAGGAGGUCAUGGAGCGCAGGCUGGUGCUCGACACCGUGAACGAAGUGAGCCGUGCCUUGCUGGAGCUGGUGCCCUGGCGAGCCCGUGAAGGGCUGGAUAAACUCGUGUCUGACACCAACGAGCGGUACAAGCUGGUCAGCGACACCAUCAAGCAGCGAGUGGAAGAAAUAGAUGCUGCUAUACAAAGGUCUCAGCAGUAUGAGCAAGCUGCUGAUGCAGAAUUAGCCUGGGUGACUGAGACCAAACGGAAAUUGAUGGCCCUUGGUCCAAUUCGUCUGGAGCAAGACCAAACCACAGCACAGCUGCAGGUCCAAAAGGCUUUUUCCAUAGACAUCAUUCGGCACAAAGAUUCAAUGGAUGAGCUGUUCAGCCAGCGAAAUGAGAUUUUUGGAACAUGCGGGGAGGAACAGAAAGCCAUUCUACAGGAGAAAACAGAGUCUCUGGUGAAGCAGUAUGAAGCUGUUAGCCAGCUCAACUCGGAGCGCUAUGCCCGCUUAGAGCGGGCACAGGUCCUGGUCAACCAAUUCUGGGAGACGUAUGAAGAGCUGAAUCCGUGGAUUGAAGAGACGCAGGUGUUGAUUGCCCAGUUGCCCCCUCCAGCUAUUGAUCACGAGCAGCUUAAGCAGCAGCAGGAGGAUAUGAGGCAACUGAGGGAGUCUAUUGCCGAACAUAAGCCUCAUAUUGACAAGCUGCUGAAAAUUGGACCGCAGCUCAAGGAGCUCAACCCUGAGGAAGGUGAGAUGGUGCAGGAGAAGUACACAACAGCAGAGGCCAUGUACGCCAGAAUCAAGGAGGAGGUGUGCCAGCGGGCUCUGGCAUUAGAUGAAGCUGUGUCCCAGUCCACUCAGAUUACGGAGUUCCAUGAUAAGAUCGAGCCAAUGCUGGAGACGCUGGAGAACCUCUCCUCUCGGCUGCGUGUGCCGCCGUUAAUCCCUGCAGAAGUCGAUAAAAUCCGGGAGUGCAUCAGCGACAACAAAAAUGCCACAAUGGAGCUGGAGAAGCUGCAGCCAUCCUUUGAGGCACUGAAACGCCGUGGGGAGGAGCUGAUUGCACGGUCGCAGGGAGCAGACAAGGACCUUGCAGCAAAAGUAAUCCAAGAUAAAUUGGAUCAGAUGGUGUUUUUCUGGGAAGACAUCAAAGCUCGAGCAGAGGAACGUGAAAUAAAGUUCCUUGAUGUCUUGGAACUCGCAGAGAAGUUUUGGUAUGACAUGGCAGCCCUCCUGACAACCAUCAAAGACACACAGGACAUUGUGCAUGACCUGGAGAGCCCAGGCAUUGAUCCAUCCAUCAUCAAGCAGCAGGUGGAGGCAGCAGAGACAAUCAAAGAGGAAACGGAUGGCUUGCAUGAAGAGCUGGAGUUUAUUCGGAUCCUUGGAGCUGAUCUAAUUUUUGCCUGUGGCGAAACUGAGAAGCCGGAAGUGAAGAAAAGCAUUGAUGAGAUGAACAAUGCAUGGGAAAACCUAAACAAGACCUGGAAGGAGAGGCUGGAGAAGCUGGAGGAGGCCAUGCAGUCUGCUGUGCAAUACCAGGAUAAUCUGCAGGCAAUGUUUGACUGGCUGGAUAAUGCCGUGAUUAAGCUGUGCAACAUGCCUCCUGUUGGCACUGACCUCAACACCGUGAAGGAGCAGAUGAAUGAGAUGAAGGAGUUUAAAUUGGAGGUUUACCAGCAACAGAUUGAGAUGGAGAAGCUUAAUCACCAGGGCGAGCUGAUGCUAAAAAAAGCGACAGAUGAGACAGACCGAGACAUCAUAAAGGAGCCUCUGACAGAGCUGAAACAUCUCUGGGAGAACUUGGGUGAAAAGAUUGCCCACAGACAGCACAAGUUAGAGGCAGCUUUACUAGCGCUUGGUCAGUUCCAACAUGCCUUAGCAGAGCUGAUGGCCUGGCUGACCCACACCGAAGAGCUGUUAGAUGCACAGAGACCGAUCAGUGGUGACCCAAAAGUCAUUGAAGUGGAGCUUGCAAAACACCAUGUGCUGAAGAAUGAUGUGCUGGCCCACCAGGCAACGGUAGAGACAGUGAACAAAGCUGGCAAUGAGCUGCUGGAAUCCAGUGCAGGGGAUGAUGCGAGCGCCCUGAGGAACCGCCUGGAGAAACUGAACUCGUGCUGGGAGUCGGUGCUGCAGAAAACAGAGGAGAGGGAGCAGCAGCUGCAGUCGACGCUCCAGCAGGCCCAGGGUUUCCAUGGUGAGAUUGAAGACUUCCUCCUGUGGCUAACAAGAAUGGAAAGCCAGCUGUCUGCAUCAAAGCCCACAGGAGGCCUGCCUGAAACUGCCCGUGAACAACUCAGUGCCCACAUGGAGCUGUAUGCCCAACUGAAAGCCAAGGAAGAGGUGUACACUCAGCUGUUGGCCAAGGGGCGACUGAUCUUGCUGAAUCGUGAUGACUCUGGCUCUGGCUCCAAGACAGAGCAAAGCAUAGCGCUGCUGGAACAGAAGUGGUGCUUGGUCAGCACUAAGAUGGAGGAGAGGAAGUCAAAGCUGGAAGAAGCACUCAACAUGGCAACAGAGUUCCAGAAUUCCCUUCAGGACUUCAUCAACUGGCUCACCCUGGCAGAGCAGAGUUUAAACAUCGCCCCUUCACCCAGCCUUAUCCUCAACACGGUGCUGUCCCAGAUAGAUGAACACAAGGUUUUUGCCAAUGAAGUGAAUGCUCAUCGGGACCAGAUCAUCGAGCUAGAUCAAACAGGGAACCAGCUGAAAUUCCUCAGUCAGAAGCAAGAUGUGGUUUUGAUAAAGAACCUACUGGUCAGCGUCCAGUCUCGCUGGGAGAAGGUCGUCCAGCGUUCUGUAGAGAGGGGCCGAGCACUGGACGAUGCUAGAAAACGGGCCAAACAGUUCCAUGAAGCAUGGAAAAAGCUUAUUGAUUGGCUGGAAGAUGCUGAGAAUCGCCUGGAUUCUGAGCUGGAGAUUUCCAAUGAUCCAGACAAAAUCAAGUUGCAGCUCUCCAAGCACAAGGAAUUCCAGAAGACACUCGGUGGAAAGCAGCCUGUUUAUGACACCACGAUCCGGACUGGGAGAGCCCUCAAAGAAAAGGCCCUGUUGCCAGAUGACACUCAAAAACUGGACAACUUGCUGGGAGAGGUUCGCGACAAGUGGGAUACUGUGUGUGGCAAGUCUGUGGAAAGGCAGCACAAGCUGGAAGAAGCUCUGCUCUUCUCUGGCCAGUUCAUGGAUGCACUGCAGGCCUUGGUCGACUGGCUUUAUAAAGUGGAGCCACAAUUGGCUGAGGAUCAGCCCGUCCAUGGCGAUCUGGAUCUGGUCAUGAAUUUGAUGGAUGCCCAUAAGGUUUUCCAGAAGGAAUUGGGGAAGCGCACAGGCACCGUCCAGGUGCUCAAGCGCUCGGGGCGGGAGCUCAUUGAGAACAGCCGGGAUGACACCACUUGGGUGAAGGUGCAGCUGCAGGAGCUGAGCAAUCGCUGGGACACAGUGUGCAAGCUGUCUGUGUUGAAACAAACCCGGCUGGAGCAGGCCUUGAAGCAGGCUGAGGAAUUUCGGGCCGCAGUGCACAUGCUGCUGGAAUGGCUUUCUGAGGCCGAACAGACCCUCCGCUUCAGGGGGGCGCUGCCUGACGACACCGAGGCACUGCAGUCGCUCAUUGACAUACAUAAGGAGUUCAUGAAGAAAGUGGAGGAGAAACGAACAGAUGUGAAUGCGGCUGUGGGCAUGGGGGAAGUCAUUCUGGCUGCCUGCCACCCGGACUGCAUCACCACGAUUAAACACUGGAUCACAAUCAUCCGAGCCCGGUUCGAGGAGGUCCUCACGUGGGCGAAGCAGCACCAGCAGAGGCUUGAGUCUGCACUGUCAGAGCUGGUAGCCAACGCUGAACUCCUGGAGGAGCUCCUGGCCUGGAUUCAGUGGGCCGAGACCACGCUGAUUCAGCGGGACCAGGAAUCCGUGCCGCAGAAUAUCGAGCAGGUCAAAGCCCUUAUCUCUGAGCACCAGUUGUUUAUGGAGGAGAUGACGCGAAAACAGCCUGAUGUGGACCGGGUCACCAAGACCUAUAAGAGGAAAGCCACUGAGCCAACCCAUGGACCUUUCAUUGAGAAAUCCCGUAGCAACAGGAAGUCCUUGAGCCAGACAGCGCCUCCCACCAUGCCCAUCAUCUCCCAGUCAGAAACGAAGAACCCACGGAUUAACCAGCUGUCCGCGCGCUGGCAGCAGGUGUGGCUGCUGGCCCUGGAGCGGCAGCGCAGACUCAAUGAUGCUCUCGAUAGACUGGAGGAGGUCGCGACCAGUACAUUCCUAAAAGUGCCCACGAGAAAACCCUCUGCUAAAAUAUUGAAGGAGUUUGCUAACUUUGACUUCGAUGUCUGGAGAAAGAAAUACAUGCGCUGGAUGAACCACAAGAAAUCUCGGGUGAUGGACUUCUUCCGACGCAUUGACAAAGACCAGGAUGGAAAGAUCACUCGGCAGGAAUUCAUUGAUGGAAUCCUUGCUUCCAAAUUUCCCACCACGAAGCUGGAGAUGACGGCAGUGGCUGACAUCUUUGACCGCGAUGGGGAUGGCUAUAUUGAUUACUACGAGUUUGUGGCUGCUCUCCAUCCUAACAAAGAUGCUUACCGACCCACCACAGACGCAGACAAAAUUGAAGAUGAGGUCACAAGGCAGGUGGCUCAGUGCAAGUGUGCAAAGAGGUUUCAGGUGGAGCAGAUUGGAGAGAACAAGUAUCGGUUCUUCCUCGGCAAUCAGUUUGGUGAUUCCCAGCAGCUGCGGCUAGUUCGUAUCCUGCGCAGUACUGUCAUGGUUCGAGUCGGUGGCGGAUGGAUGGCCUUGGAUGAGUUUUUAGUGAAAAAUGACCCUUGCAGAGCACGAGGAAGGACCAACCUGGAGCUUCGAGAGAAGUUCAUUUUGCCAGAGGGAGCUUCUCAAGGGAUGACGCCUUUCCGGUCCCGGGGACGGAGAUCCAAGCCAUCUUCCCGGGCAGCCUCUCCCACACGAUCCAGCUCCAGCGCCAGCCAGAGCAACCACAGCUGCACUUCUAUGCCGUCCUCUCCAGCAACACCUGCUAGCGGAGCUAAGACUCCACAUCACUUCUCUCGCUGUUAUGACAAACCCUGGUUGGCAAACAGUAAGGCUGGCAACCCUGCCAGGGGCUACGAUAAUGCCGACCUCAACCUCUCGAGCGCUGAGGUGACCCCCGCGACAGGUAGCAAGUUGAAACGACCCACUUUCCAUUCUAGCCGUACUUCCCUUGCCGGCGACACCAGUAACAGUUCAUCUCCAGUUUCUACAGGUGCCAAAACCAGCCGGGCUGAUCCCAAGAAAACAGCCAGUCGUCCCACGAGCCGCGCUGGAAGCCGGACAGGCAGCCGGGCUAGCAGUCGGCGGGGAAGCGAUGCCUCCGACUUUGACCUGCUGGAAACUCAGUCAGCCUGCUCGGACACUUCAGAAAGCAGCGCGGCGGGGGGCCAAGGCAGCUCCCGACGAGGGCUGGCGAAACCUUCCAAAAUCCCAACCAUGUCCAAGAAAACUACCACUGCCACCCCCAAAACUCCAGGCCCCAAGAGAUAAUACUGUACCGACACCCCCUGCGAAAGAAAUACAACCUGUGUCCAGUUUUUAACCCUGCUGCGUACAGUGGAUGUAUAUUUAUUCUAAACGGGAGAAAUUAUAUUGUUAAAAGUGUAAAAGAAUAAUUGUGUUAUGAAGCUGCCUUAUUUGGGGGGUUUUUUGGUUUUUUUUUUUUGUAAGUUACUAUUUUCAUGUGAAUAUUUAUGUAGAUAAAAUUUGCUGCCUGGUUCCUCCUGUUCACAGAGGGUCCAGACAACUGAAAUUUGGGGGGGGGGAAGCAAGCAAAAAAAAACAAGAAAGAAAAGAAAAGGUCAAGAUGUGAAAGUGUAGAAAAAAGAAGAAAAAAAGAAAAAAAAUUAUAAAUAGGAUUUCUGCGUGGUGCAGGGCCUGACCCUGCUGUAUCUUUUAGGAUUCUUUCCUAAAGGCGUCUUUGUAAACUUGACUUGCUGUCUCAGCAAGAUAAAUUAUAUUUAAGAAAAAACAAAAAAGACCUGAAUCGUACAGUGUUCAAGGAACUCUUUUUUUUUGUUGUUGUAAAUCAUGGAUACCUCAAAUUGAGAAACAUGAGGUUGAAGGGGGUGGGGAUGGAGCUUCUGUUUCCAUUAUUUUUUAAAAGUUCUGUGAUUUUACCUGAAGAAAGUGGAGUUUGAAUGAAUAACGUUUGCACACACCACAGCAAAAAAAAA